GAUUACCGUCCUUGUAAAUAGGCGCCGCGCUCAUCUUGUGUAGGAUUUUUGACCUGUAAUGACGUUUAAAUGGUUAGAAGAUAGUAAAUGUGGAUCAGAAGAGUUGACUCGGAUCGCUAACAACGCUCUAUCCUUAAUUAACGUCGAGCCUUACAUUCGAAAUAUUCAUGAAAUUACUCCUGCUUUCGUCUUUGACUUAGCAGUUGUCUUAUUUGGUAGCGACAUUUUGCCUCGUCGUGGUCGCACUGAGACUGAAUGUAUAGAAAAUUUCGAGGCUAUUGUGUUAAAAUUGUCUGAGGAAAUAGGAGUGGACCUGGAUCACAUUGUACCAGAAGAUCUUAUGGUUGGAGAACCUAGAGCAUUGUCAGAUUUCCUUGUUCUUCUCGCUGCAUUCAUCGCCUAUUGUCGUGAAUCAAACCUUUUGGAGCUUCGAAUAUCAACCUGUGAGUCGUCUUUUGAGUGUUCUGGCGGCUUGAUUUCCAACUCCAAAUUAACUUCAAAGACGAAGGAAUUUCUGGAAUGCCAGUUGUCUACUUCUCCUGAAUUACCACGUCAUAGUAUGACUUGUGCACCCAUGUUUUCUACAUCUUUCCACCAAUCUGGUCAAUCUAUAGAUCAAAGUACACCAGUGAAGCGGACUCCAGCAUCUUUCCAAACUCGAAACCCUUAUGUACCCCUGGAUAAUGUCAAUUCAUUAUUACAGAAAUCAAAUUUAUUUGCAGUCCAAUCGGAUAAUGUGAAACCGAGUUAUCCUGUUGCUUCAUGUCUUUCCAAUUUCUUAGAGGUACAUACAGACACUUCACCACCAGCAACACCAAACGCAAUGAAUGGAUAUCUAGAGAUCGUCCCUUCUAAUUUUUCCGAUGCGGAUGUUUUACCUAGUUUAGAGAAUUCUUUAAACAUGCAACAAUGUAUGCCUAGUUCUCCAAUUGAUGAAUUCAAGAAAUUAAAAUAUUCUGGCUCUCAUUUAACGCGUUCACCUAAUAAGGAAGUUUAUGGAAGUAGAAAUUCUGUUAUUUCUGCUGAAUCUACUGUGUUGAAUGAUCAGUCAUCAAUCUCUUCACACAUGAGAUCAUCAUUUCAUGAACAUAAAGUUCAUCUUUCUACAUCCUCAAACAAUAUUAAUAACAGAAGUGUCUCAUCCUCUGCUGAAUUAAUUCAUAAGUCAAUUAGUGAUAAACAUGAUAGUUCAAGUAGUGGUCGUGGUCGUAGUCUAACAGUUACACAAACAGUUCCUUUUCAGUCUAAUACAUCACCUCCUUCAAGUCUUCUUGAACUAAAUACUUUUCCAGACUCACAUAAUACAACUCAAAAUUAUCCUAUAGAGCAUAAUAAUUCCCAUUUUUCUCGGAAAUCUUUAAACAAACUUGUGUCUAAUGAGAAAACCAAUAAUAGUUAUGAUUCUAUUCAUACAAGUAGUAUAUUAGCUUGGAAUGCAGAGAAUAUUGAAUAUAACAAGAAAAUGAAUAAAAAUGAAUUACGUGAUGGAUCAUUAGAUGAAUUAACUUCACUUUUAUCAACCAGCUUGGUAUCUGAUACGGAUAAAGUUUCAAAUGAAGUAUCUGGUCAUUGUCCAACUACUUCGGAUAUUGUAGCUGAAAUUAAUGAAUUCUCUUGUGUACUUGAAAAACGACUAAAUUACUUAAGAUCUGUUUAUUUUCGUGCACAUUCAGAAGCUGAAGCAUUGGCUGGUUUAGUUCAGUUGGUCACAUCGAAAAGUUUGAAUAUUAUUGAACCUAUGAACAAUAGUCAAUUGAAUGACAACAACAAUAAUAGUAUACUGAAAAAUAAUCCACUUAAUGUACAUGAGAACCAUUUGCAUUUAGAGUCUUUAUUAGUCAAAGCAAUUGAUCGUAUUGACCAACUGCUGGAAAAAUACAUUACUCCUUGUUCAGAAGUAAUUAAAAAUUCUUGUAACAGUUGUAUGGAUUCUGCAACGUAUUUUCACCCUAAAUCAAAAAAAGUUGACAACUUUUCAACAAGUAAAACCUGUUUUCAUUCAAAGAAUUCUAUUUCAUCUAAAUUCAAUUGCUUGUAUGACGACAGCUUUUCAGAUGUACAACUGAGAAAAUUAUUGGACCUCAAACAUGAGUAUGUUCAAUACUAUGCUUAUUUUUACAUGACCACAUUCUUAACAUUUAAUAUGAUUCGUUUUUUGGAUAGAUAUUACUAAGUUACUAAUGUAUCUUAAUCGCAUCAUUGUAUGAUGUAUGCUCUGGUACGGCCGAGAGUGAGGAGAGCCCGCUCUCCCUCUCGAAAUGCCCUCACAUUGCCACGCGUAUAUAGCCCCUGCCAAGGAAGUCCUACUCACUGCCUUUUCGUUACGAGGGUGUUGUUUACGAAAUUGAGAGGACGAAAAACGAAUGUCCGGCGUUGUAACCCGGUUGGUGGACAAGGAGGGUCUACCUAGGGGAGUUGUAAAACCCUGAUUCAAAACCAGUGGUCAAUAUGGGCUCCAGUAUCCUGAAGGAACAAAUGGCGUAUGAACCAAUCGUUGGUCACCGGCUACCAUAGGACUGCAUCUCCUUACGAUACUCCACUGCCUUGUGGAUUAGACCUUUAGGUCAAAGGCCCCGGGUGUGGUCUCCUAAGAAAACCACCUGCUUCAGUUUGGGCAUCUGGGCAGUAUCUCAGCCCUCACACAAAUCAAAUGAGAUUUGUGCGGCGCAUAUGUAUCUGGUGUUUCCUUGUACCAAUAUUUAUGUGUUUAAAUAAAAUAAAAUGAUCAGUUAGAAAGACUGUAAGAGUGGAUGCAGGUAAAACAAACGAUGCAUUAUAUGAAUACAUUAAGCUAUAUUAAAACAAGGUUUUUAACUUUCCUCAUCAUACUUACGUUACAUAGUAUUAAAAUUUGAUGCUUCACUUUUCGAUCUUACAGGCUGAUAAUCAUUAUAGAAAUUUGUGGAACUCUUUUGUUUCAUAUGAUAAAUUGGUAUCGAAACAAAGAAAUUGAAUAAGUAAAGGGAAAAAGUAGAUAUAAUGAAAGUUAGGUUACAUUAUCGAUUUUAGGAUACAUUGUUUUCCAAUAAUCAGCAAUCAUCCAUCAAACUUAGUAUGUAAAAUCAUGUGAACUCCAACAAGGAAGUUUUAUAUUCUCUUCCCCCGCAUCCGCUACUGUAUUUUCUAGUUAAUGCUUGAAACAGUUGGUGGUUAUAGUCCACAUGUUAUUUCAUUACCUUUUUUGUCUACUAUUCUAUAUGUUACACUAAACACAAUAGACAAUCAUGAAAUGCAUGCAAUUAUUUAGCUAACUUCUUUACAAUUGACACCUCAACCUAACUAGAAUUUUUAGCAGAUUUCUAGAAGUUAUGGAUAAAUUAAUUUAAACUAUCAAUGGAUGUAAACAACAUCCCGUAUACUUGAACUAAUGAUAUAACUCAUCCAUACCAGCUCAAAUAGAUUUGAUAGGUUCGGACCUAAGAUUCUGCCGUUGAUAGUUGAAUAUUUGGAACAGUGAAAUAUAAAUCCAUGUAGGAUAGUUAUUAAAUCCACUAAAUAAAUAAAUAGUUUUCUUUUGAUUGCAUGAACUAUCUCAUGUUCAAAAGUCUCACCAUCAGUAUGACCACUAGAAUUUGAAAAUAUCCCUUCAUAUCUCAUACAUUAUCACUCAUACUUUACACAUAACGUCUAGUCUUUACCGAAAUGCUACAUAUGUGUACUAAAUAUACGUUUGUUUGACCAAGGCCAAUUCUUCAUGUUUAGAUAAUAGUGAAGUCGCUAAUCUUCAUCGACUGAGGUAAUUAGGAUAUAAGUUAUGUAUGCCUAACCACUGCCCCUACAUCAAUAAUCGAUACUUGAUAGUGUAGGAUUAAGUUGCAAGAAAUCUAAGAGAUGACAAACCAAAACGUCUCAUCUGUCCAUAAAGUCACCGAGUUUGGGUCCGUACCAUAUAGAUUUGUGCUCCCUACCUGUUAUGGUCCAUGUGAUAACAGCUAUCAGUGAUUGGGGACUGCAUGACAGCUUAGAACCGUUCACAAUGUGGCACACACAUGUGCUCUUCGUCUUCCUCUCUAUCUUGAAUUUUAGUAUCCUUUCAUACAUACUUUUCCCCUUUAUCUUUUCAAACAAUAUUUAGUUUUUAUUUCUCAAUUUCGUUUUUUUGCUUUCAUCUCGUCGUGCUAAUUUAGUAUUGCAAUUUGAGCCAACACAUCUGUGGAGGGCUGUAUGUUGGUGAUUAUUUUCUGUCUGAUGUCUAUAUAGUUGGGUUAAUCAUAUUUCCGUUUUGCACAUUUCAAUUAAACUAUCUUUUAAUAAAUCAUUGUGCAACAAAUUUUUUCUCAUCAUAUUAGUGUUGAAGAUCUACCCUGUGUAUGUUCUUGUCUAUACACAAUUUUCUUUAAAAAAAAACGGUUGAACAGAUGAGACUACCUAUACAGUUAUGUGAACAAGUAGUUAAACAAACAAUUAUGCACACAUAUAUCUAGUAUAUGGAUCGGUUCCUGUGAAAAAAUGUUUAUAUUUGGUUAAGAAUGAGAAAAUCAAUACAAUUGAGAGAUUUUUUUUCCUAGUCUCUCUAACUGUUACACAACUAUCGUAGACAUGGUAAAAUCAUUAAGGUCAAGGAAAAUCAAUGAAAAGAAGUGGACAAAAACCUCACCACCUCAUUUCAAUCAAUUCUCGAAUAAAGAAUAAUAAGGAAAAAAAAUAACAACUAUAGAUUACCGAUUCGUUUUUAUUACUAAAUAAACCAUAUAAUUUGUUAGAUACACUAUACAUAGUGUAAGUAAAAUAUUAGUUUAACUAUUUUUUUGUAAAAUAACAAAUAAUAACUGUACAACUAUAACAAUGAAUUCAUAUAUUGAAAAAAGUACACCAAGAAGCACAAUAAUUGAUGAUAACAUCAAUGAAUAAUAAAUUGAAAGAGAUGUGUUUGCACGAAGAACAAAUAGUUGUUACCAUGACAAUGUAUGUAUACUAGAUCUGGUUCUUGAUUUGUCUCAUUUUACGAAAAAUAUGUGUAACAAAUUUAAUUGAGUAUAGAAGUGAUAGGCUUACAGAUGAGUUUCAUAUUCUUCUCCUGUUGUUAUUGUUUUCUAUUAAAAACAAUCUUGUUUAAUCUUUUGUAUCUCACUUAAUCGUUAUUUCGGUUUCUUUAACUGUUUUAUAUAUUAAAUUCAUUUAGUGUUGUUUGUUUGAAUCUUCCCAUUG